UCUAUCAAUGCAAUUGCCCUUUGGACAUUCUUCCUCUGUAUUCACCUCAAGGUCUCUUCCUUCAAAUGAACACUUAACUUAAUAUUAUGAACCUCUCUUUGAACAAAGAGGGUGACAAUAUUACGUGUAAGCUUUUAUGUCUUUCUUAUUUAAAAUAAAUUAGUAUCAGAUCUUCACAAGCUUCCGAAUCAACCCCACUUUUCGAGAACCUUUUUUUUUUAAUUUUCUUUUUCACUUUUUAAUGUCGGUUUAUUGGUUUCUGAAGCUUUUAACUCUGCCCUUGAUGUUAACCUCUGGACUUCUUUUAAACACAACGCUCACUUUCACAUGCAAAAACUGGGUAUUCAUGGAGCACUUCAUCCGAUAAUGAAACGCCUUGUUUUUUCCACAAAUAACUUGUCUUUAAGCUACUUAGAUCUCUUGCUUCGAAAAUGCAUGAAAUGUAAGGCUUUGAGACCGGGCAAGCAAGUUCACGCUCACUUGCUGACUAAAACUGGCUUAAACAUAUAUGAUUUGGACUCAAAACUCGUGGGUAUGUAUACAAGUUGUGGGGAUUUGACAUAUGCUCGUUUGGUGUUUGAUAAAAUUCCUGAACCAACUGUUUUUGCAUUCAAUUGGAUGGUUUUGGGAUCUACUUUUAAUGGGAACUUUCAUGAGGCAAUUGGGCAUUUUAAUUUGAUGAGAAAUUUGAUUGGUUAUUGCAAUAAGUUUACUUUUUCGUUUGUGUUAAAAGCUUUUGUGGGGUUGCUUGACUUAAAGAAAGGGAAGGAAGUUCAUGCUUUGGUGAAUGUUAUGGGUUUGGGAAGUGAUGUUUUGGUGGGAAAUGGAUUGGUGGAUAUGUAUAAUAAAUGUGGAGAAGUGUGUUGUGGGCGUAGAAUUUUUGAUAGGAUUGUCUGUAAGGAUGUUGUUUCUUGGACUUCAAUGAUUUGUGGGUAUUGUAAUGUUGGAAAGAUUGAGCAAGCUGUUGUUUUGUUUGAAAGAAUGAAGUUGGAAGGGUUAGAACCAAAUGAGUUCACGUGGAACGGGAUGAUAACGGGUUAUGCUAGGAGAGGUGAUAGCAAUGGAGCAUAUAUGUUCUUCUCUAGAAUGGUAAGAGAAGGUUUGGUUCCUGAUUUGGUCACUUGGAAUGCCAUAAUUUCGGGUUUUGCUCAAAGCCAACGAGCAAAUGAAGCGUUGAAGCUGUUUCAGGAGAUGUUGUUGUCCGGGAUAAAACCUAACGAGGUGACCAUAUCAGGGCUGCUUCCUGCCUGUGGCUUGAUGGAUUCAAUUCAAAGAGGUAAAGGAAUUCAUGGGUUGAUUUAUAGGAUGGGGCUUGAUUAUAAUGUAUUUAUCGCUAGUGCUCUUAUUGACAUGUACUCAAAAUGUGGCAGUGUGAAAGAUGCUAGGAGAGUAUUUGACUUGAUUAGAGUCAAGAAUGUGGCAUCGUGGAAUGCUAUGAUUGGAUGCUAUGGGAAGCAAGGCAUGGUUGAUUCCGCGAUUGAGCUGUUUGAGAGGAUGCAGGAAGAGGGAAUGCAAUUAAAUGAUGUCACAUUCACUUCUGUUCUUUCUGCAUGCAGUCAUGGUGGCUCAGUUGCGAAAGGUUCACAGAUUUUUAGGUCCAUGAAAGAGAGAUACAGAGUUGAGAUUAAUCAACAGCAUUAUGCUUGUGUUGUUGAUAUGUUGUGUCGUUCAGGGAGGAUUUUAGAGGCUUAUGAGUUGAUAAGAAACAUGCCAGUAGAAAUCACUGAUUCAAUUGCUGGAGCUUUCUUUAAUGGAUGUCAAAUUCAUGGAAGCAGAGAUUUGGCUAAAAUGAUGGCCAAGGAUAUCCUGAAAAUGGACAUGAAUAAGCCAGGAGGCUUUGUCUCACUAUCAAAUAUAUAUGCUGCUGAUGGAGAAUGGUAUGAGGUUGAAAAUGUAAGGAAAGUUAUGAAGGGGAAGAGUAUCCACAAGAAGCCAGGUUUUAGUUGGGUUCAGAAGCAGGAUCAGUUUGCUGCAGAGGAAAUAGAAAAAGAAAGCAACAAACUGGACCUUGGAUAUGAUGAGUUCACUGUGGAAGAAGAUGAAGGAUCUAAAGUUGUGGAAGCUGUUGAAUUUGGGAGCUAAAGUAGUAGAGUUGGUAAUCCUAACUCCUUAAAAGCGUUCCAUUUCUACACUAUAUUUCCUUUUUAUUCCUUCACUUGAAAUAAUUUUCCCCCAAUAGGAGUUGUGAUUGUAAUAAAUUAUGUCUUAGGCUUUUCAAGGGGGCAUAGAGUUGCUCUAUUUAACAUUCAGAAAAUUUUUCAUUAUUUUUCGUCUGUAUUCCUGAUCAUUGUAUAUUCGAUGUUGAUCUUAGAAAUGUGUUUCAAAGGGAAUUGGCGAUGUAAGAAACAAAUUAUUCAUAAUUCAUUAUUUCAUUGACUUCUA